AUGCCUUCUGAUUCCGAGGAUGUGGUCGAAGAGAAUCACGACGCAGGCAUCUCUUCCGACGAAGACGACGGAGUGCCUCGCCCUGUAGUUGCAACCGAUCUCUACGAGGUUCUCGGUGUCAAGGAGGAUGCGACUCAGGACGAGAUCAAGUCUGCCUACCGGAAGCUGGCCUUGAAGCAUCACCCAGACAAGGUUCCUGCCGACCAGAAAGAGGAAGCGCAUACCAAGUUCCAGCAGAUUGCCUUCGCUUAUGCGAUCUUGUCGGACGAACGGCGCCGCAGGCGAUUCGAUCGCACCGGCAGCACUGCGAAAGCGGCCGCCAGCGACGAAGAUUUCGACUGGGCAGAAUUCUACAGAGACCUGUACUCGAACUCGGUCGAUACGGAUGCGAUUGACAACAUAAAGAAGGAGUAUCAGGGCUCUGCAGAAGAAGAGAAGGAUAUCCUGGAGGCGUUCGACCGCCACAGAGGCGACAUGGACCGCGUCUACGAGUCGGUGAUGCUGAGCAAUGUGCUCGAUGAUGAUGAGCGGUUCCGCACUAUUAUUGACAAGGCUAUUGCCGAGGGCAAGGUGGAGGGUUACAAGAAGUACACAGAUGAGCCGGCGAAAAAGCGCCAGGCGAGAAUCAAGCGGGCGCAGCAGGAAGCAAAGGAAGCUGAGGAGCUGGCCAAGGUGCUUGAGGAGAAGAAGAAAACGAAGACAGAACACAAGGAAAAGGCCAUGAAGAAGACGAAGUCGAAGAAGAUCUCUGAUCUUGGUGAUCUCGCUGCCGUUAUCAAACAACGACAAGCCAACCGCAUGGAGUCGCUCAUAGGCAGAUGGCAGACAGAGGCGCUGACGCUCGAGGAAGGCGGCAGCAAGCGCCAGAAACGGAAGGCUGUUUUUGAGGAGCCGCCCGAGGAAGCAUUUGCUGCCACCGCUGCUCGACAGGCUUCCAAGAAGAAGAAGAAGUCGAAAGCAUGA